AUAAUUGAGUGUCGAAUUUGUAGCUUACAAUAUGUAGGGAAGAGCGAGACAGCUUUCAACCUGCGCCUUAAUAAUCACAGGAACCAUAUUAAGAAAGGAGUCAACAGCUGCGAACUAUCAGAGCACUUUCUUCACAACAGCAGAUCUCAUGACUUUGGCAAAGACGUCACAAUUACGAUUAUUGAACAAAUCAAACGGAGUAACAUGACAAUUGAACGGAAAAAAGAAAUACUUCGAACUAGAGAAAUAUUUUCGCAAAGUCGGCUGAACACAUUGCAACCGAACGGUCUUAAUAAGAGAAUGGGCUAG